AUGGUAAACUUAAGGGCUUUUUGCGAAUUUAGUAAAAUGCAAGGAACAAAAGCUGAAAUCGGAUUGAUUCCAGUUUACCCAACCUUAACUUUCCCAAAUCACUACUCAAUCAUCACCGGAUUAUACCCUGCUUAUCAUGGAAUCAUAUUAAACAGAUUCACUAAUCCAACUACAGGCGAUAACUUCACAACGAGAAGUCGUGAACCCAAAUGGUGGUUAGGCGAACCCAUAUGGGAGACCAUCGCGAACCAAGGGCUGAAAGCGGCAACAUAUUUCUGGCCUGGGUCCGAUAUAAAAAAGGGUUCUUGGGAUUGUCUUGUGAAUUUAUGUCCACCGUAUAACGCUUCAGUCCCGUUUAAAGAACGCGUCGAUACUUUUCUCCAUUAUUUCGAUUUUCCAAAUGAAGAAAUUCCUGCUUUCAUGGCGUUAUAUUUGGAGGACCAUGAUUCUCAAGGUUAUCUAGUUGGCCCUGAUGAUCCUCAAAUUACAGAAGCUGUUAGUCACAUCGAUGGGUUUAUUUAUUAA